UCAUGAAUUUCUCGCAGUGGGUAUAUGGCACCAGAAUAUUUAGAGCAUGGAUAUUUCUCAGUCAAGUUUGAUGUCUUUAGUUUUGGAGUAUUAAUGUUACAGAUUAUAACAGGAAGGAGUAGAAAUGGUUUCUUCGAUGAUGAGUUUUCUAAAAACCUAUCAAGUUAUGUGUGGGAGAAUUGGAACAUGGGAACAAUCUUAGAGAUUGUGGACCCAGCUUUAGGCAAACAUUUUCAAAAUAGUGAAGUCAUAAGAUGCAUUCAAAUUGGACUUCUAUGUGUGCAAGAUGAUCCAGCUAAAAGGCCUAGCAUGACAGAAGUGCUUGUGAUGCUUAAUAGCUAUUCUAUGUCUCUUAAAGCUCCUUCAUCCCCAGCUUUUUUUGUGGGAGGAAGUAGCACCAAUAAUAGUUCAUGGGAUGGCACUUGCAAAUCUUCAAGGAAAUUUAUUCCAAUGUCACCCAAUCAAGUAUCAGUUUCAGAGCUAGAUCCUAGAUAAGUUAGAUUAAAAAGAAGGAC